CCUUCUACACCAAAAACAAACCCUAAUAGCUACUAUAGCAAAAGUUUCCAAACUAAUCAGCUUUUCUUCAUGAGGAGAAGUCUCCACCGUCACUGAUUUCAGAUCCAACUUAGUGUGGUUAGGUUACUUUUCAAAGUAUGGGAUCUCAUGGUAAGAGUAGGAGAGAUAGACAUAAGAAGAAGAAGAAGCGGAGAGAUGAAUCCGAGUCUUACUCUUGUGACUUUGACGGUUCAGAUGGUUUGUCUCCUCGCAGCAGCAGUCGUAGACGCCCUCGUCCGAGUGAUGAUUCAUCUGAUAGCGAUGGUGGAGGGAAGAGAAGUUCCUGUAAGAAGCCCUCUGAGGAAGAAAUAAAGGAGUAUAUGGCUAAAAAGGCUCAGAAGAAGGCAUUACGUGCAGCAAAGAAGCUCAAGACUCAGUCUGUCUCUGGCUACUCCAACGACUCAAAUCCAUUUGGAGAUUCCAAUCUUACUGAGACAUUCGUGUGGGGGAAGAAAAUCGAAAAAGACGUUCACCAUGGAGUACCCUUCGACGAAUUUUCCGUUAAAGCUGAGAAGAGAAGACGCGGGGAGAGGAUGGCAGAGGUUGAAAAGGUUAAGAAGAGGAGAGAAGAGAGAGCAGUGGAGAAAGCUCGACACCAGGAAGAAAUGGCAUUGUUGGCUAGAGCACGUGCUCGAGCUGAGUUUCAAGAUGAGGAAGAGUUCCAUUUCGAUCAAGCUAGAGUUAGAGGGGAGGAGGAGCCUCCUCUAGCUCAAGAAAGGGGACUACACGCUGGUGUUGAAGCUGACGUGAGAAAACUUCUUGAUGGGAAGACUCACUCGGAGCUUCUAGAACUGCAGUUGGACAUUGAGUCCCAGCUGCGUUCUGGGUCAGCCAAAGUAGUAGAGUUUUGGGAAGCGGUUCUAAAACGCCUCCAUAUAUACAAGGCAAAGGCUUGCGCCGAGAUGCUGAGGAGACAUCUCGAGCAACUUUCAGAUGCUGAAGAAGCAUUCUCUCCGGAGCCUCCUAUUAUGGAAGAGGAGGAAGCAGAAGCGGCUGGUUCGUUUUCGCCAGAGCUCAUGCACGGUGAUGAUGAUCUUGAAGAAGCAAUCGACCCCGAGGAAGACAAGAAGCUACUGGAAAUGAAGCGGAUGGCUGUGGAAGAUAACUUUAAGGUUAAAGCAAUGAAAGCAAUGGGAGCAAUGGAGGAAGGUGAUGCUGUGUUUGGCUCUAAUGCUGAACUGAACCUUGAUUAUUCUGAUGAGGUAUACCGGUGGCAUUAUUACAAGUACCGGCCAAGAAAACCAAAGUAUUUCAACAGAGUGCACACGGGUUACGAGUGGAACAAGUAUAACCAAACGCACUACGAUCACGACAACCCGCCUCCAAAGUUUGUUCAAGGGUACAAGUUUAACAUCUUCUACCCGGAUUUGGUGGAUGAUGAUGAUAAGAUCAAGCCUCCCAUUUACACUAUAGAAAAAGAUGGGACAAGCGGUGAGACUUGUAUGAUCCGGUUCCAUGCUGGUCCACCUUAUCAAGACAUUGCAUUCCGGAUUGUGAAUAAAGAGUGGGAGCUUUCUCGCAAGAAGGGGUUCAAAUGCACGUUUGAGCGUGGGAUUCUGCACUUGUACAUCAACUUUAGACGACAUCGUUACAGGCGAUAAAACUGAUUUGAGCCGUUCCCUUAUUCCACGAAUGAUCAGUAACGACGUUAUAUAAAUAAACUUGUUUCAGAUUUUAUAAAUUUAAAAUAGUACAAAUAAAUAAUUAUAGAUUUUAUGAGGUUUUAUAAAAUUUGAAUACAAAUGAAAUAUAUUGGGUGUCCAUGGGUUUCACCAUUUGAACAUGGUCUUUAUGGUCUUGGGUAUUUUCUUGGACCAUUGUCCAUAUUGGACCACCCAAUAAUGCCCAUAUCACAAAUGGGCUCUGGACAACCCAUUUGA